CCCGAAAGUAUAUUGAAAUACCAGUCAAAGAGCAAGUAAUCGGAAUAAAGCAACUGUUGGAAAAAACGCGAUUCGUCCUCGCAUAAAGAUAAUUGUGAAAUUGCGCAGAUUGAAUUUAUUGAAAUUAAAGAAAAAAAAACGAAAACGGAUACGUGCGUGUUUAAUUGUGUGGAAAUACAAGAAAAAAUCAUGUUAAUAAGUUGUAAAUGCCUUUUCCUAAUAUUAUUCAUAAUAAUUAUAACAAUUAUAAUGGUGCUGAGCACAAAUGUACCGUUACCGGCUAGAAAGGCCCAACUAGCCGGUGUGAACCAAAGGGCCUCAAUGGAAUUUAUCGAGAAUCGCAUCAGAAUGGAGAAAACAAAGGCAUGGACACCAAAACUAUUGGCUAAACACGAGGCAAUACCACAUUCGGCACCGUACAUCGUUUCCAUACAGCGCAUGACUCCGGAUAACGGACUGGUUCAUUAUUGCGCUGGCACCAUUAUCAACGAGCAUUGGAUACUAACAGCGGCUCAUUGCCUCACCUCGGAGGAAGCGGUGGAGAACUCUCUGAUUGUGGCUGGCUGUCAUGACCUACACGGCUCUAAUGAGGGUGAUUGCGUCCAGGUGCGCACCAUCGACCACCAUGUGCGUCACGAGUUAUACCUUGGCGGCAUUAAUCCAUACGACAUAGCACUCAUCUACACCAAACGUCCAUUGCAGUUUACACAGCACGUCCAACCGGCGCAGCUGCCCGAACAGGAUGUGCUACCGGAGGGCAGUGGCACACUUUAUGGCUGGGGUAAUAUUUCGAUGACAUUAGUGCCCAAUUAUCCACAUCGGCUGCAAGAAGCUGAGAUGCCCAUAUUGGAUAUGGAAUUGUGCGAACGCAUUUUGGCUGGAUCUGGUUUGCCGCUGCAUGAGACAAAUUUGUGCACUGGUCCACUGAAUGGAGGUGUUAGUAUUUGCACUGCCGAUUCGGGCGGUCCUCUAAUGCAGCCAUGCUGCGAUGGUUUCGAGGAAAGUUACACAGUUAUUGGUAUAGUGUCGUGGGGCAAAAUGCCUUGUGGUCAGCAGAAUGCGCCAUCAGUGUUUGUGCGCGUCUCAGCGUUUACAAAUUGGAUUCGUGAUAAUAUUUCGUCGGCAACGCCGUACGAAUAAAUCGAGAAGAUAUAUUGAAUCUAAGGAGAGAGAAUUUAAAGAAUCCAGGAAGACUGAGAAGUUAAUGCUGAGAAGCUGACAAAUAUGCUGACUAAAUACUUAAGCUGAGCCAUAAUUUGGUGUAGAAAUCUCAUAAAGUUAAAAUAAUGAGUUUAAUAUUAAGAUUAAUAUUAAUAAAAAAAAUUAAAAUUAUUAACACAGAAUAGACAAAUUUA